UUUUAUUUCGAUUUUCCUUCUCAUUUCCAUUAUCCGUUCUUAACUAUUUAACGACGCAACUGCUUGUUUCCCGUAACUGCCUCCCAUGCGGCGGAAUGCGACCGCUGCCUCAGUUCCCGCCAAGGUCUUGUUGUGAAUACAUCCUCGUAGUGCUGUUGGACGAUUUUGGCUGCAUGCGGGCGGGCAGGCCGGCCUCUUGCUGGAUCCGUGGCGGUCGCCGAGCUAAGCGGAGAGCUUUUCUUGCGACUCUGCAGGGAGGGACAUUCUAUUUCCAAGCAAGACAAUGGCAUGGCAGCUCACCUGUAGCCUCCACACUGACGGUCUUUGCGUCUUCGUCCUCGCCUUCGUCCUCGCCUACGCCUUCGCCUUCGUCCUCGCCUUCGCCUUCGCCUUCGUCCUCGCCUUCGUCUUCGUCCUCCUCCAGACGCCUAGACGCUCUGUUCCCUCCUUGAGCUUCAGACGGUGAAUAUAACUGCCUAGAUUUUCCUUUGUCUUUAAAACGUUUCAUGGUUAGUAUCUGGUGUUCUUUCAUG